AUACACGACUUUCAUAAUGGCGGACCCCGCGCGAAACCUGGUUCGAGCGGCGUGAAAACGAGGCCAGAAAGGCCAGCGUCGCGUCGCUUCUCUUGUUGUUUACAACACAAGCACGGCCAAAAGCACCGAAAAUGGCGAGUACAACGGACAAUUCAAGCAAUUCAAAUGCGAUUCCUCUUACGGAAAACGAUAUUCCCGGCGCUUCUCUACUUGGACGAAAACCUGAGGAGUUGAAAAACUCAGAACUUAAAUUCUGGCUGAAAUGUCGCGGAGACACAGGGAAAGGUUUGAAGACAAAAGCGGAGCUAGUGAAACGAGUGUACGAGUACAUACGAAGCGGCAAGGACAAACAGAUCAUAGAUCCAGAUCCACAUAAAAUAUAUAGCCGUAGAAAGCAAAAGCAAGGCACAAGUUCAGAGCUUGUCAAGGAAAGUACAGCGGCUGCAGAGUUUCCAACUACUGGAUGGGGAACGUCGUUGGAGAAGAUGCCAAUGUUCACGCGACUGCAAAUGAAUCACCACGUGUUGAAGUCCGGGAAAACCAUUGGUAAUAUUGAUCAUCACACCGUCCCGACGGGGUUGGUAAAGGCCAGGCGCUUCUUAGAUGACGAAUAUCUGGAAGAUAUUGAAUGUGCCAGUGAU